UAUUGUCAGUUAAUAAACAGCGGGUAAGAGUGUACACAAAAGAAACAAACACAACCUUAUUUCUUAAUAGAAAUGAAAUGACAAUACAGAAGAAAGGCAUGUUUGUUUCUGCAUCCAUCAGCAGCUCAACCUUCAAAGUGUUUACCAAUAAAACAAACGUGACAAUGUCCACCAAAGGGUUGAAUCUAGCGGUGCUCACUGAUACAUUUCCAAUGGCAUUUUCUAUCAAUGAAGCAGACCUAACAAUAGACAAGGAAUCUACUAAUGUGAACUGGGUGUGUAACAUUUCACAAGCAAAUCAAAGCGAAAAGGCAUCUACACAAGCAAGCACAGCUGCCCCAACAGCAAGUCAAAACAAAACGGCAACUAAACAAGAAAGCCCAGCUCCCACAACACCAGCUAAAGAUGGCAGCACAAUUUCCAUGUCUUCCUAUAUUAUUUACAUUGCAAUAGCCGGUGCCAUUUUGGUUAUUGUGGGCUACAUCGCGUAUCACAAUCGUGACUAUCUUUGUAAGCUCAUUGGCAAAGGAGGACAACGAAGACGACCAAAGAAAAAGAACUACAAACACCUGAAGUCGUUGAAAGACGCAUUCCCAUGACAAAUUUCAUGUACGUCGAUUAGUUCUCAUGCUGCAUGGCUAUAAGAAUGUAAUGAAAAUGUAGUUCGUAGUUCGUAGUCAUUUUGUAGGGUCAGUGACAGUAGAUUUCAGGUCUAUUGAGCGAUUGCAGUGUGAUUACGCUCUGUCCAGAAGACGUGUCGAGUGUUUUCAAUCAAUAGUAGUUAUAUA